AUGAACUCACAACCUCAUCAAAGGCAGUUCGCGCACCAGUAUGCGGGCCCAGCUUACCCUCAACAGCAACAACACCUGCAAAAUCCUCAGGCACAACCUGCGCCAGAGCCUUGCUAUAAUUGUGGUUCCCCUCAGCAUGUAGCUCAACACUGUCGCGAAGCUAGAAGGGCCGUUCCUGCUGGGUCGCUUAAUCAAGCUCCGCGUCCUCAACGGGGCGCUAUCCAAAAAAGAAAUAAUAAACCUGUCGUUACGCGUUUCGCUCCUCCGCCAAAUUAUGCCAACGGUUACCCACAGCAACCUUCCUAUCCACAAACCGGGCCUUAUCAACCUCCAGCACAAAUAGGCCCUUACCAGCCGCCACAUCUUCAACAGCAGCAGCCGGUACAGCAAUGGCACCAGCAAGCAACUCCCCAGGGGUAUCCUCCAGCGCAACCAUGGCAACAGCCCUACGGUGCUGCUCCAGUUGUUCCGCCGCCACAAGCCCCCGCUUAUGGCCCACACCAGCCUGUCUCUAACUAUGGCUACAACAAACCAACGCAACCAGCGCAGCCAGCUUACCCUCGACAGCAUAAUCAACCAUCAUAUGGUGGUUAUACUCCACAGAGUAACUAUACGGCACAAGCGCAAGCACCCCAGCCGGCACAUCCCCACUAUAACCCCCCACAUCAGGCACAUCCCUCAGGCCCCUACCCUCCACAUCAAAAUUACCAGCAAUAUCCGCAACAACCGCCAGUUCAGCCGCCAUAUACACCCGCCACUACAUCUUUCUCGCAGACUCAGCAUCAUGGCCAUGGACCGCAGAAUCAAUUUCCCCAAACACCUGCAGCAAAUGGUGUUGCACCCGCACAGCAGCAACCUCCACCCCCGAAACCACCUCCUUGCUUCCCAAGCCUGGAUAAAAAUGCGGCUGUGUCUUCAAAAAAUGGUGUUAUAAUUUGGAGACCUGCACAGCCAACCGAAACACCACUAGACCCAACCUUCCAAGAAACUGAAGAGCAAGGUAAUGAUAAAAAAACUAAAGAGAGUCCUCUCACCAAAUACUUUGAUCCCAAGGGUAGGAGAAUCAAUAGGGACUUUUAUGGGGAGGGCAGCGAGAUUAUGAAAGAUCCCAUCUGGGAGAGUGUUAGAACUGGAGGAAACAUGCUUGCACAGCCAUUGGAAUGGGAGCUACCAGAUGAACCAGAGGAGGAGGUUAAGGUGGAAACUGAGGCCGAGAAUACACAAGAAGAAAAGUCGGUCGAGCUGCGAUUCGAGGACACAGAUGAGCCCGUUGAAAGUGAAGACGCAGCCGAGAAGAAAAUGCAAACUGCCGGAGAUCCUUCUGACUCGAAAAGUCCUUGGACCCGACAACCGAUUACGACCUCGUUGGCGAACAACACAGGCCGUCAUGAAGGGAUAAAUAAUCUUAGCAACAGCGGGGUUCGUGGUAGAACAAAUGCCAUAAAUCAAGGAGGAAAACGCAAGAGCCGAAGUCCUCUGGAUAAUAGCCGACCUCAAAAACAGCGUGUUCGUGAUACAACAGCUAAGCCUCUUCCACAACCUUCCCAUCACCCAUUGCCGCCUAAACCUGUCACUGCUCCACCACCAGCACAACACUUCAACCAGAACCGUCCACAGAAUACAAUGGUCAAUCGCCGCGGUGGACACAAAUCGCAACGUGCUCACCCAUAUGCGAGAAGAAGUGCUAGUCCGGUCCGGCAUUUCUUGGUGGAUACACAAAGUCAACAGAGAGGUGGCUAUAGGGGCGGGGGGAAUCGAAAACAGCAGGGUGUUCCGAAUACUUAG